CAACAAGAAACUGCUGAGCUUGAAUUAAUAUGCAAACUAGAUACCAUUAACUUGAGUUUGAAUAGAGACUGGGAGUGGCUGGGUAAUUACACAUAUUGAAUCUAUUUCCCCAUGUUAAGUAUCCUCACACCUUCUUGUCAACUGUCUAAAUGAGCCAUCUUGAUUAUCACUACAAAAAAAUUUUCUCCUUCUGAUAAUAGCUCAUUUUAAUUAAUUAGCCUUUUACAGUUGGUAUGGCUACUUCCACCUUUUCAUGUUCUCUAUAUGUGUAUAUAUAUCUUCUUACUAUAUGUUCCAUUCUAUGCAUCUGAUGAAGUGAGCUGUAGUCCAUGAAAGCUUAUGCUCAAAUAAAUUUGUUAGUCUCUAAGGUGCCACAAGUAUUCCUGUUCUUUUUGAGUGUAUAGACUAACACGGCUGCUACUCUGAAGCAUAUCCUUAAUAGAGAAACAACAACUUCCACACUCUGAUAAAAGAGCAUAAACCAAAUCCAGGAGAGUGAGAAAUGAAAAUUAGUCUCGACGGUUGUAGUAUAUUAAAUUUUUUUGUUUGAUCCUAAAAAGAAUGGCAAACAAUGAUGGCACAGGAGGGAGCGAGAUGCAAAAUAGUAUUGUGGGCUGGAAAUCUCAACAGCUCUCUAGAUUUUUUAAUUAACUGCAAAAAAAAAGGGAAAAUGCAAAAAGAUUGAAAAUGCAAGACCUGAAUCUUACAGGCUUGCAUCUAAUCUGUUUUUUCCCGUUGGAAAGAGGUUUUCUUGGUCAUAAUAUUCUUUGCCUUCUCAUGAACCAAUGUGAAAACUUCUUACAAGAACAAGAGUUUUUGCAGCCAAGUGGGAUUCAGGAAAAUGUAUACAGUUCUGGCUUCAUUUUGGAUUUGAAAGUUUUUACUCAUCUAGAGUCCUAAUAUUUAAUAUCAUAUCACUCUUUAAUGUACAAUGACAUUCCCAUGCAACAGCCCUUAAUUUUGACACCACAAACAACUCAGUUUCAAGAGAAUGAUGUGAUAUGCACACAUCAUGAGGAGAAAAUGGGUAUGCUUCAACAAGCUCUUAUUAAAGGCCUGAUCCUGCAAACACUCAUUCAAACCAGUGUUACUCAUCCAGACGGUCCCUGACUUCCAUCCAUUUGCUCCAAAUGGCACUAUUAAUGCAUGCAAGUCCUGCUCACAUGAGCUGGCAGGAUCAGAUCCCAAUAUCAUAGCACUUACAUAGUACUUUGCAGCCUCACACCUCUGUACAUAACUAGUUAUUCAUCCUGAUGACAGCCCUGUGAAGUAAAUAUCUGCAGUACUACAACGUGAAGGCAGAAAAUUACUCUCACAGUAAACUUCCUUUUAUGGAAAAAAUAUUUUCUGCAAGUUUGCAUUAGUGUGAAAGCACCUUUUUAAAACCAAAUGCAUGUCAAUGUUAUGGUUAUCUAUUUCAGAGUGUUAGUCAUGUUAGUCUGUAUCAGCAAAAACAACUAGGAGUCCUUGUGGCACCUUAGAGACUAACAAAUUUAUUUGGGCAUAAGCUUUGUGGGCUAAAAUCCACUUCAUCAGAUGCAUACUCAGUUUUACUGAGCUGUCUCCAUUUUCAUUUUUAUUGGGGUGUGAAUUCUAAAGCUACCAUUUUAUGCUUUUUUCUCUUUCCACAUUAAUGCAAGUUAUUAAUAAAAUCAUUAUACUGUAUGUUUCUCAUUAUCUUUGUGGAAAAGAGGCUUCAGCUCCGGAUCCUGGAAAAGGGCAGGGAUUGCUCCUUACAUGGACACCACGGAAAUGCACAUAACCACAAAGGGGUGAAGAGGAAGUGGAGUCAUGGACCAGAACUCUCCCCCACGCCAGCCCACAGGGAAAUGACACCUACUGGGUGUAGAGCUGCUGCACUAUCCUAAAAGAUGUUGCAGCUGGGACAGCCCCCAUUCACCGAGAAACUUGAGGAGGGAUUUGUGCACAACCCUCCCCACAAUGCCCCUUCCUGGACUCCUGUCAUUUGACAUUUACUAUCUCAUUGGCGAUAACUAGAUGGAUCUAUCUUGAUGGAUCGAUGAUCUACAUUGAUAGAUCUCUGAUCACAUAUUCUUUCAUAUAUAUCAUGAACUGGUGUGGUUAUUGGAAAAAACAUAGGUCUGUAUGUUUAUUUCACUGUGAUCUCGGAUUACAAAGCUUAAUAAUUAAAACAGCAAAAAACAACAGUUUUGGAAGGGAUAUAAAUUCUUAGCUGCAGGACAUAAGCCAAACUCUAAUUACUGGGGUUUAGGAAGAAAUUUUACCUGUGGGCAGGUUUCUCCUCAAUUGCCCACUACAAGGCUUUCUUGCAGCUUCCUCUGAAGCAGCUGGUGCUGGCCACUGCUGGAGACAGGAUACUUCACUAGACAGACCAUGGGUCUAAUCCAAGCUGGCAAUUCCUAUGUUUCUAGAAAGAGACAAGCCUCUUUUCUUUCAUGUUUCCUACUUUUUCAUCUUGAAAAACAAAGUCCUUCCCUUUCUCAGGAAAAACUCAUUGACACCUGACAGAUUUGGAAUUGCCUGUGAUUGUUUGUGAAUAUGUUAAAGAUAAUUGCUAAUGGAAGGGGCGUAUGCCUGCCCUGUGCCUGUUAUAUGCAAAACUGAUUUAUGCAGUGUAGCUGGUCUAAAUGACUAAGACAUCAGUGGCACUUCUUAGAUAUUUGCAGGGUUUGAAUUCUUAAACUUUGGCAUAGGCAUAGAGUUAUCAACCAUUUGAGCUACAGUAACUAUCAACAGGAGAAAGCUAUCAUCUGAGGGCACACACACAUGUGUAUGUGAACAUCUGCAUCUUGUGAGUGGCUCAGGGGAGCCUGGACAGCAUCUUUGCCCACAUCCUCCCAAGAGGAUAGAACAAGAUGGAUGACGGAACUGAAAUGACAACCUAUGAUUAUUAUACUGGCUCAGAACCAUGCCAAAAAACUGAAGUCAAAAAAUUUGCAUCCCUGUUUCUGCCACCGCUUUAUUCUUUGGUGCUGAUAUUUGGCCUGGUGGGCAAUGUGCUAGUUGUGCUGAUCCUGAUAAAAUACAAGAAGCUGAGAAGCAUGACUGACAUCUAUCUACUGAAUCUGGCAAUUUCUGAUUUGCUUUUUAUUCUUUCCCUGCCAUUUUGGGCUUACUAUGCAGCACGUGGGUGGGAUUUUGGAAAUGCAAUGUGUAAAAUUCUUUCAGGGGUCUAUUAUGCUGGCUUCUACAGUGGAAUUUUUUUCAUAAUACUUUUGACAGUAGAUAGAUAUCUGGCCAUUGUCCAUGCAGUGUUUGCUUUAAAGGCUAGGACAGUUACCUAUGGCAUUCUCACAAGUGUUGUCAUUUGGGGUGUUGCAAUAUUAGCCUCUCUUCCAGGGUUUAUAUUUCAUGAAGCUAAAAGGGAGUCAUAUCAUUUUACAUGUAGCCCUCAUUAUCCAUUGGGACAGGAAAGUAAAUGGAAGCAAUUCCAGACUUUAAAGAUGAACAUCCUGGGACUUGUCAUUCCACUGGUCAUUAUGAUUUUCUGCUAUGCAGAGAUUAUAAAGACAUUACUGAGAUGUAGGAAUGAGAAAAAACAUAAGGCAGUCAGGCUUAUUUUUAUCAUAAUGAUUGUUUAUUUUCUCUUCUGGACACCAUUCAACAUCGUUGUUCUCAUGUACACUUUUCAAGAUUUAUUUUUCCUAAAUAACUGUGACAGCAGCAGUCAGCUGGAGCUAGCAAUCCAAGUGACAGAAGCAGUUGCAAUGAUCCACUGUUGUAUCAACCCUGUGAUCUAUGCUUUCGCUGGUGAAAAGUUUAGGAAAUAUCUUUAUACCUUUUUCCGAAACCACAUUGGAAUCCAUUUGUAUAAAUAUUGCCCAGUUCUCUAUGCAGAGGCAUCUGACCGAGUUAGUUCCACAUACACCCCAUCUACGGGGGAGCAGGAAUUCUCAGCUGCAUUGUGAAGGGUGUCUAAGUAAAAAAGUUACAUUCACUUUUGUGGAAAUAGUUGUGCAAAGGACCAAAACACUUUGAAUACUUGGCUUUAAAGAGGCAACUGAAGGGGUACUGAAGGAGUGAAGAUCUCAAUCAUGCAGGGAAGAGCACACAGCUGAAGCUCCAUAAGUGGAGACACAUCCUCUUGAACUACCUCUCAUAUCUUAGUAUGAGAUAUGCCACUCAUUUACUCUCAAACGUAUUUCAUCCCACACAAGCCUCGUGCUAUAUCAGUGUUAAUUAUGUUGAAUUGAUAUCUGUAAUACAAAAUCUUGAAAUUGAGAUCCUAGAAAAUGUCAUAUAUUUGGAAAAAGAAACUCCAGCAUUUCUAGUUGCUUCUGCUUUUAUUUUUGGUUGCUAAGCAUUUUUAUUAUAGUAUUAUUUAUUUUAGUAUAGUAGUAGGACAUUAUCCAGCCAUUAUUUUGUACAUAAAACUCCCAAAGUUUGUAAUGAGAGUUUUGAUGAGAUUGAUAGCAGAAUAUAAGCAGGCUAUUCCAUAAAAUUUAGGUCCAGCAAAGCACUUAAACAGAUACAUAACUUGAAGCAUGUGGGUGCUCAUGUGCAUGAGAUCAUGCUUUAGUGUUUUGAUGGAUCAGGGACACCCUUUCUGGGGUUUCUUGCACAUCCUUUGAAAUAUCUGGUUUUGGCCACUAUCAGAGACAGGAUUCUGGACUAGAUAGACCACUCUUCUGAUCUAGUAUGGCAAUUCCGGUUUCCUUAUGUUUCUAUAAAGCCCUUAGAACAGUGGUUCUCAAACUUUUGUACCGGUGACGCCUUUCACAUAGCAAGCCUCUGAGUGUGAUUCCCUAUAUAAAUUAAAAACACGUUUUUAUAUAUUUUACACCAUCAUAAAUGCUGGAGACAAAGCGGGGCUUGGGGUGAAGGCUGACAGCUUGUGACUCCCCCUGUAAUAACCUCAUGACCCCGACGGGUCCCAACCCCCAGUUUGAGAACCCCUGCCUUAGAACAAUAAUUUGAUAGGAAAAUGGUACAGGAAAUGGUAUUGAAUAUGUUUCAAAUUAUCAAGUGCAUUUGAAAUCAGGAAAUGAAAUAAGGAAAUCUUUGCUGAUCCAGCCACUUCUUUCAAAUUAUUCUCAGUUUUGGUACAUUAUUACAUUACUGUUGGGCUACAUCCAUAAAGUAAGUAUGGGCAAACUGGAACUCGUUUCUAAUUCAUUAGGUUUUGCUUUUUACUUUCUUUUCACAUAUUAUGCAUGAGCCAUCUUUUGGAAUUUAUGAUAUGAAUUUUUACCAGAUUGUAUCCUGAAAAAGUGAUUAGUGAUAAAUUAAUUUAAAUAGAAAAAGGAUCAUUUUCAUGUCAAUUGAUGAAGCUUUGGAAGGACAAAUUCUCUUUCAAGGAGGUACUUUCCUGCAUAUAGUAACCAGUUUGCAAGGUUUUGGUUUUUUUAACUUAAAUAAAAAAGCCCCUUUAUGAUUUAUUUACUUUUCAACAAGAGCUGAGAACUUCCACUAAUGUCUUCAUGAAUCACACACAUAUUGUGAGUGUGAAGUGUGUGAUCUGACUCUCCAGUCAGAAAAGAAUUAACCAUCUUCAUGCAAAGGGAGAUAAAAGCCCUACCACUCUUGUGCAAGAUCUCAAUCAUGCAGGGAAGAGCACACACCUGAAGCUCCAUAAGGGAGAUUUAAAAGGGACCCUUGUAUCUAGGAGGAAUUUUACUUACAGGACGGAUCUUUUCUGGAGAAGAGCUAUUUGGAGGGCCUAGUGAGCUGUAGUAAAGGACAGCAUUUGGACUUACGGAAACAAGUAACCUGAUGGGACUACAGCCUCUUCUUAAGGGACCUGUUACUUCAGUGGAACUGGAGCUUGCUUUGAAAACUUGGGACCAGCCAGGUCCCAUUUAUCCAUUGGAUAUGUAUAGUUAGCCAUAUUAAAUGGAGAACAGCAGAGAUGCAGAAAUGGUGGAGUCUCUGCUACUGGAUGGCAUUCUGGAUAUAUAUAACUAAGGGAUCCAGAAAUAAAAUAACUCAUACUAUGACAUAGUAUGUUUGUGUUUGCAAUUCAUUAAAGUUAGUUGAAUUC